UUUGCUGCCUCCCGCAACACCCCAGCCAGCGCCUGCAUGUCCCACGGUACCUGCUGCUCUGCACUUCUUGACCCCUCUCUCAGCUGCAGUUUUCCAGGACUCCAGCACAGCAAAGCAGAGACAGGCUGAAAUCUCCAGCUGUGCAAUGCAGGAACAUUUUGAAGCAGGAAAUAACAGGGACAAGACAACAGCAUUCCUGUGCUUGAGUGGACAUUCAGAAUACUCAAGGAAUGUAUCGGACCAGAAUGAAGGCAGGUGCUUUUAAUACAGAAGGAGCUUCUGCCUCUGGAGGAAACCCCCCUUCCCCUCUCCUGCUGCUUAUGAAGUAUUGUUGCCUCUCUGAUGCCAUCCCAUCCCUUACUUCUGCUUAGAAGAUACUAGUGAAAAUUGUCACUAAGAAGCCAUGGUGUAAAACUCAUUUGGUUUUCUAGGCUUAUUCCUGGAAGAUUUGCUGGUUGCAUACUAGACGCUUGUUAUGGAAGAAGUGAGCACGGAUGGUUAUUUGAACUGCAGAGAGCGUUGCCGCAGAGCGAAAGCUCACCCUCCUGCACCGGCCGGGGGAUGGACGAUGGCGGCGGUGGAUUCUCCCUGUCAGCGUGAUGCCAGCAAACGUGGCUGGGCUGGAGCGGGAGGCCGGCACAAACCGGACGGGCUGUGCUGCAAAAGAAGGGUGAAAAGUGCUCUCCAGGUAGAUACACCUUCUCUGCAGCUGCAUAAGUGGCUUCCAGUUUGCCUCCAUCUAGUCCUGAAUUAGCAAGACAGCCUUCAAAAAGCACAAUGGCUUCGCUUCCUGUCUUGGAGCAAGAGACGUUGUUCCAGAACGGCACGUGGAGCUAUCGAAUUCCGGCCUUGCUCUAUCUGCCGCGUUUCAGCACCAUCCUGGCAUUUGCUGAGGAACGGGAGGAUGUGGUGGAUGAACAUGCCAAGCUAAUCGCCAUGCGCAGAGGCGUGUAUGACCCAACCACGCACCACGUUCAGUGGAGUAGGAUGGAGACCAUCGUCAGUGCGCAGCUGAAGGAGCACCGAUCUAUGAACCCCUGUCCUGUUUACGAUGAGGUCUCGGGGAAACUCAUACUCUUCUUCAUAGCCGUCCCAGGAAAGAUCUCUGAGCAGCAGCAGCUCAGGACAAAGAUCAACCUGGUACGUCUUUGCCACGUCACCAGCUUGGACCAGGGCUGCACUUGGAGCGCUGCCCAGGAUCUCACCGAGGGGACCAUUGGCACCGAGUACAAGAACUGGGCCACUUUUGCCGUGGGACCAGGUCACGGAUUACAACUGCUCAACAAGGCCCGGAGCCUUGUGGUUCCUGCCUACGCCUAUCGCAUCCUCGACCCCAGGCAGCACCCGUCCCCUCACGCCUUCUGCUUCCUCAGCUCCGACCACGGGGCCACCUGGGCGAUGGGGCACUUCGUGGAGGAGGAGAGCGCGGUGGAGUGCCAGGUGGCGGAGGUGCGGGCGUGCGGCCGGCGGGCGCUCUACUGCAACGCGCGGGGCGGCGCGGGCGCCAGGGUCCAGGCCGUCAGCUACAACCACGGGGUGGACUUUGAGGGGGGCCAGCGGGUUGAAGCGCUGGUAGAGCCUCCCUCCGGGUGCCACGGAAGUGUCGCUGCCUUCCCAGCUCCCCCUGAUGCCAGGUGCCAGGAUAGCUGGUUGCUCUACACCCACCCUGCGGACCCAAAGGGCCGAAAGGAUUUAGGAAUUUGCCUCAACAAAAGCCCUUUAAAUCCAGCAUCCUGGACAAAACCGAGCAUCCUCUUCAAGGGCCUGUGUGCUUAUUCGGACCUGCAGUACAUGGGGGUGGGCCCAGAUGGCUCACCCCUCUUCUCCUGCCUCUUUGAGUUCGGGACCCACAAGCAACACAAGAAGAUAAUCUUUGUCAUGUUCACUCUGAAGCAAGCCUUUCCAUCAGAGACCUGAGCGCCAAACCUUUCCAGGAUCCCUCGGAAAUCCGCCUUUCCAGGAUCCCUCGGAAAACUGCCUUUCCUGGUACUUCUCACUUUUGCUUCUUGUCUUUCAGCCAAAGGUUUUUCUUACUCCUCUUUUGCCCUCAGUUUGUUGUUGGCUUGCGACGUCUAUAGAUUGCAAAGUCUAUUAAACACGCUGAAA